AUGAUGCCCAACUUGGACCUGGGCCUUGCCCAGGUUCUGUCAUCCAGCCUGGCCAGGUGCCUGACCACCAUGGUCUGGUUACUCCCCACCAGGCUGCAGCCUUGGAGAAUGUUUGGUACCACUUGGCUGCUCCAAGAUGAAGUUCAAGAUUCUGGUCCCCAGGAGCAAUUGACAGUGAAUCUUGUAAACCACCUGGGGAAGAAGACCACAGUUCCCGUGAGGGAGGGCGAAAACAUGCUCCAGUUGGUGCUAAAGCACAAUUUGAACUUCCCUGGCUUCGGGAUCUGUAAAGGGGCUCUGACCUGUUCUACCUGCCACUUCAUCCUGGAGAAGGAAGUCUUCCAGAAGCUAGGCCCCAUCUCUGAGGAUGAGCUGGACAUUCUGGACCUGACCUAUGGUGUCACAGCCACAUCCCAUCUGGCCUGCCAGCUGUGUAUGACCAAAGCCAUGGACAAACAGACCCUCUGGGUUCCCUUGGAGACCAACACCUCUUAUCCCAAGUAG